AUGGGACUCGUGACGCGCGCGACGACGACGGCGCCGCGCGGAAGCGCGACGCGACGCGACGCGACGACGCGGGCGACGCGAUCGAGGCUAGGUUUAUCGCGCGCGCGGCGCGCGGACGGGCGCGGACGCGCGACGCGCGUCGCGCGCGCGGGAGGAGCGUUCUACGAGAACCCGAACGAAAUCGCGCACGUCGACGGCGUGAACGAGGCGCAGAGAGAGAUUUACGACGCGGUGAACGCGAGCGGGGCGCCGGGCGCGCGCGCGGGGCCGGUGGUGCCGCGAGACCAAAGCGGGUCGCCGUUCGAUAGCUUGCUGAGGAACCGAAUCGUGUUUCUCGGCUCGCAGGUCGAUGAUUUUAACGCCGAUGCGGUGAUCUCGCAGUUGCUGCUGCUCGAUCAGCAAGAUCCGACGAAGGAGAUUAAACUCUUCAUCAACUCUCCGGGAGGGAGCGUGACGGCGGGGAUGGGGAUUUACGACGCGAUGCAGUUUUGCCGAGCGCCCGUGAGCACGGUGUGCCUUGGACUCGCGGCGUCCAUGGGGGCGUUCUUGCUCGCGAGCGGGGAGAAGGGUCGCCGCAUGUCGAUGCCGAACGCGCGCAUCAUGAUUCACCAGCCGCUCGGCGGGGCGCAAGGGAGCGCCGUGGACAUCGAAAUCCAAGCGAAGGAAAUCAUGCACCACAAGGCCAACUUGAACAGACUCAUGGCGUUCCACACCGGACAAGACGUUAAGACGAUAGACGAAGACACCGAUCGCGAUCGCUACAUGUCGCCGCUCGAGGCGAAGCAGUACGGAGUCAUCGACAUCGUCAUCGGCGGCGACGACGCCGGCUUGAAGAUCGAGGGGUCGUUCACGGAAAAGCUCAAGACGAAGAAGGAUUACGUGGCGUGGGGUAACGACGGUAACGACGGUUCGUCUUCUGCGCGAUUCACCGGCGACACGCAGGAUGCGAAGCUCAACUAA